GGUUCUCCAUACAAGUUUUCUUGCUGUUUCACGUUUGACUGCCGCCUGCCUGCUCCGUUGGAUUCGAUGAUCGAGGAUCUACAGCGUUAGAUCGAGUUCGUCACAUCGGGGGCUAGUUGAUCAGUGAUUGGAAGAGCGGGCGGUUUCUCUUGAAAAAAGAAAAGAGAAGCAACGGUCGGUGAAUUAAAUAAACAUGGAACGGUAUCAUCGUCACCGCCAGCCUGCUGUCCAUUGCGGCGAGAACGAUGCCCAACGCAAGAAAAUGUUGGCAGUUCCUGGGCUCUGCGACCGGGAAGCUGCCCACGGACCGCAACGUGAGGAUUCAGAGAGAACAAAUAAGUUCAACUUGAAUAUUAAAACGUUGACUGAUGAUAUGCUUGACAGAUUUGCCAGCAUCCGAGUCCCAGGCAGCAAACGGAGCAGACCAGUUGUCCCAAAUGUCAGGCAAACACAUCUUUUGAGUCGUGGCUGGUCUGCACAAUCAGCAGAAUAUGAAUAUCCCUCCAAGCAGCUCCCAGAGAAGGAAGUUAUUUCACUCUUUGAAAAGAUGAUGGAAGAUAUGAACUUAAAUGAAGAACGAAAGGCUCCACUACGCGAGAAGGAUUUGGCUAUUAAAAGAGAAAUGGUUGUGCAAUAUAUUGACACAACUUCUAACAUUGGCUGUUUGAAGAACAGACAAUACCCCUCUACCUCACCCCAUGAAUUCAUCCAUGAGUUAAAGUCUGGUGUUGCAGAUGAAAGACUUUGCAGUUUUCUGGAAUCCCUCCGUGUAUCUUUGACUAGCAAUCCUAUCAGUUGGGUUGGAAGCUUUGGAAUUGAAGGUUUAAAGCAGCUUUUGGAUGCCUUGGAGAAAUUACUCAAUAAAAAUCAAGAACAAAAUGACCGCAAAAGUCAACAUAAAGUGAUUCAGUGUUUGAGAGCGUUCAUGAACAACAAGUAUGGAUUGGAGAGAAUCCUGGAAGAAGAACGAAGUAUAUUCUUGCUGGCCAGAGCUGUUGAUCCUAGGCAGCCUACCAUGAUGACAGAUGCAAUCAAGCUUUUAUCAGCAAUCUGUAUUGUUGGAGAAGAAAAUAUCCUUGAAAACAUUUUGGAAGCCAUAACUACAGCAGGGGAAUUAAGGAAAUGGGCAAGAUUCUACCCCAUUGUGGAAGGCCUACGUGACACCUCUGUUCAAUUAAAGGUGGCUUGUAUGCAGCUAAUUAAUGCACUUGUGACCACUCCCGAUGAUUUAGACUUGAGAAUACACUUACGAAAUGAGUUUGGGCGUUGUGGAUUGAGAGAGAUACUGCCGGAGUUGAGAUUAAUUGAAAAUGAUGCAUUGGACAUCCAGCUAAAAGUUUUUGAUGAGCAUAAAGAAGAAGAUAUGCUUGAGCUUUCACAUCGCUUAGAUGAUGUUCGAUCUGAACUAGAUGAAAUUAAUGAUGUUUAUAACAUGCUAUUCAACACAGUGAAGGACACAGCAGCUGAAAGUCAUUUUCUUUCUAUUCUUCAACACAUGUUGUUGAUCAGAAAUGAUUAUUUUGUAAGACCACAGUAUUUCAAGAUCAUAGAAGAAUGUGUUUCCCAAAUAGUGUUACACCACAGUGGCAUGGAUCCUGAUUUUACAUACCGGAAACGAUUGGAUAUAAACUUCGAAUAUCUUGUUGAUGCAUGUGUUGACAAAGCAAGAGUCGAUGAGUGCGAGCUAAGGCUUUCAGAACUCAGUAGAAAGUUUGAUGAAGAAUUUACAGCCCGACAAGAAGCACAGGCCCAAAUACAGAAGAGAGAACAAAAAAUCAAUGAGCUUGAAGUGGAGUUGCAAAGUCUCAAAGCGCAGUUUUCAGUAUUGCCACCUAAUGUAAGGGUCACCGUGGCUGACAUACAAAGUGGAGUCACAUCCGGUAGUUCUGCAUUUUCAAGUCCUGGCGGAGUGCCACCACCGCCACCUCCUACAUCUGGGCCUCUUCCUCCUCCUCCUCCUCCACCACCACCACCUCCACCACCACUACCACCACCAUCCCUAGCGACAGGGAUUAAGGGAGGACACUGGUCUCCACCUCCUUCUACACUACCAUAUGGAUUGAAACCGAAGAAAGAGUUUAAACCAGAUCUCAACAUGAGGAGAGUCAAUUGGUGUAAGAUUAGACCACUUGAAAUGCCUGAGAACUGCUUCUGGAUAAAAGCAAAUGAAGAGAAAUAUGAAAGCUCUGACCUGUUGACUCGAAUUAGUUUUAUCUUUGGUGCACAAAAACGAGGUAACAACAAUGAAGAAUAUGAAGAAAGAAAAGAUAUCAAGAGGAAAGUUAAAGAACUUAAAGUCCUAGACCCAAAGACUGCACAGAACCUCUCUAUUUUUCUUGGAUCUUUUCGGAUGCCUUAUGAGGAAAUAAAAAGAAUUAUAUUGGAAGUGGAUGAGGAACAAUUGAACGAAUCCAUAAUCCAGAACUUGGUAAGCCAUCUACCAGAACAAGAGCAAGUAUUUUCCUUGGCACGUUUCAAGAACGAUUACAAUAGCUUGUCAGAACCAGAGCAAUUUGGAGUUGUGAUCAGCAGUGUUAAAAAUCUUCGCCCACGGCUGAAUGCUAUUCUGUUUAAGCUUCAAUUUGAGGAACAGGUGAAUAAUAUCAGACCUGACAUUAUGGCUGUCGCAACUGCAUGUGAGGAGUUAAAGAAGAGUAAAAGAUUUGGAAACCUGUUGGAGCUGGUGUUACUAAUUGGAAACUACAUGAAUGCUGGUUCUCGAAAUGCUCAAACAUUUGGCUUUAACAUCAACUUCCUAUGCAAACUGAAAGAUACCAAAUCAGCAGAUCAAAAGACCACAUUUUUACAUUUCCUGGCACAAAUUUGUGAGGAGAAAUAUCCAGAUCUUCUGAAGUUUCCAGAUGAGCUGCAAAAUGUGGACAAAGCAAGUAAAGUAUGUGCAGAAAACAUGGAAAAGAACCUUAAACAGAUGGAAAAGCAGCUGCAACAGCUUGAAAAGGAUUUGGAAACGUUUCCACCACCAGAGGACCUGCAUGACAAGUUUGUGACAAAGAUGUCCAGAUUUGCCCGUCAUGCCCAGGAAGAGCACCAUAAACUGGCCAUCAUGCACAGAAACAUGGAGAAGCUUUACCAUGAUUUGAUGCAUUAUUUUGUUAUCAAUCCAAAGAAAGUCACAGCUGAGGAGCUUUUUAGCGAUAUAAGUAACUUCCGAACCAUGUUCAUGCAAGCUAUCAGGGAAAACUCAAAGCAGAGAGAGGCAGAGGAGAAACAGAGACAUGCCAAAUUAGUCAAAGAAAAGGUUGAGAAAGAGAAAAGAGAAAGGCAACGAAAGAAAAGACUUCUCCUGGAGAAGAAUUCAGAGGGUGAUGAGACAGGUGUGAUGGAUAGCCUGCUAGAGGCCUUGCAGUCAGGUGCAGCAUUCAGAGACCGAAGGAAACGGACAGCAAGACCUAAAGAUACUCGAAAAACUACAAGUCCAAGUUCACAAUGGCCUGUUUUGAAGCCUUGGAACCAGGAAAAUCAAAAUGCUCAACUGGAAAGGUCACAUUCUGGUCAGAAUAUCCACUUGAACACAGCAAGAAUUCCAAUUACCAAGGAGUCCAGUUCUGAAACAGAGGCAUAUUCAACUACCACAAGCAGUAAAGCUGUCAGGAAACAGGAGGGGCAUGUUGUUUCAGACCCAAUGAAGAAGGAGAUGGGAACCGUUAUUUCUAACACUAAGAACAAUGCUGUUCCUGAAGUAGAAGCACUACUGGCUAGGUUACGUGCCCUAUAAAGUUCACAUUUGAGAUCUAACUAUGACUUAAAAGCUGCAGCAUUAUUAAAGUUGCUCUGCAUAAUCCAAUAAACACUGCCAGACACAUUUGUUCAAACAAAUCAUAUAGCCACUUUGUGAAUGGAGGUGAACCUAUAACAACAAAAAUAUGAGGUUAAGAUAUGGAGUCUAUUCUUUAGUCCUGGUGAAGCAAAGCAGCAGGAAUUCUGUACCUGCUUUGUGUGCUUGCAUUUGUGCCCAGAUUCUAUAGGGAGUCUGUUUAUCCAAAUUGACUUCCUUCUUCCUUGCUGUUUGCACAAUACCUUAUCCCUAAAUCAGAUUAUGUAUGCAUCAGAUGUUUUCAAUUCACAAAUGACACAUGCAGUACAUUUGCAGGAAGUCACCAGGGUUUGAAAUCAGACCAUUUGUACGAACAGUACUCUGAAGUUUCUUAUUUUUAAUCACCUUUAUAUCUGCAUUACAAAGAAAAUAUCAGUACAGUUGCAACAAUAAAUGCUUUACUGAUGCAUUUUGAUUUAUAAUAUAUGCCAGUUAAAUAUAGAAUUAAUUUGGUGUUUGCCAUCUGAAUUGAGUUUAUUUUUGUUAAUAUUUGCCACCAUUUUGAUUUAUAAAGGAAUAUGAUAUGUCUUUUGCAGGACUGACACAAACAUUUACCAACAAAUAUGUAGUACAAAGUAUACUUUACUUUAUUACCAACAUAUCACAGUAAUAAUUCUACUGCAGUAGAAUAUAUGCUUACCAAGUAUUGCACAGUAGAUGAUUGCUUAUGCAUCAAAGAAUAUCAUCAUCUGCUUUUGUAGACCAAAAGUUUUUUUAGUUAUGUCUAAAAUACAUUCAAAUGUACAAAAAUAUAUAUUUUCAGCCUAUUAAUUGUUAUAUUCACUGAUUGUUAGAGCAGAGAUUUAUUUUGGUUAUUUUUACAAUGCUUUUAUCCUCUGCAUGAUCCAUUCAGAAAGAGUGAAAGGUAUUGGUUACCAUCACUGUAUGGACACUUUGGUAUCAACUAUAGUUGUAUAUGUAAUAUUUACAGGAUAAUUUCCGGAGCAUUUUCUUCUGUGUAUUAUUUCUAAACAUGCAGCCUGAAUUCCAAUUAUUUUCUUUCUCAUUUGUCUCACAUUCUAGUUUUCAGUUUGCAUUCUAGGAACCAAGUCUCCAGGAUCAGACGCCAGGAUUACCAAGGGUCCCAUUUGAAUUUCACCUUGCCUCCUUAAUUGGUCAUCCUUUGUGGGGUUGUAACACAAGUGUAUUGUUCUUCAUUUGAAGCAGUUUGCCCAUGCCUCUCUAUCCUGACAAUUCACAUUAAUUUGACCACUAUCCACUUUGCAAUGUUGGUGUUGAUGGGACAAGAACUCUGUAUAUGCUAUACCAAGUAAUCAGUGAUUAGGGAUUGUAUAGCUGAUUGUUAUAAAAGUCUUUUUUGGCUUUUGCUUGUGACUACUUGGUCUGUUGGAACAAAUAUGGGACCACAUGUUAAAUCUAGUAUGUAAUUCCAUCCGGUCAUUUUUUAUUUUACAUGUAAAUAUAUUCCCAGCAAAUCAAUUAAGAAGUGUUAAUGUGUUACCUAGGAAAUUAUGCAAUUCUUUCUAUAAUUACUUUGAAAGGAAAUUUAAUAUUUGCAAAUGAUCUCGACAUUCCAUGCAAUAUAUCCAUGAAUGUAUUAGAAUGGAUCCAUGUAUGACAUUUGUGUCUGUGUCAUUGUAGAAUGAACAUAUUUACAGAUCUAAAGUUGUGACUUCAUAUUAUUGCAUACCUGAUGCUCCUAUUUCCUGUAUUUCAAUUGCCAAAAGCAGUGGUUAGCAAAUAACUCACUGGAAUAAGGGACAAGGCAUAUUAUGUUGCGUUGAAAUAUUUCU